UUGCCUCGCGAUAUUAGUCCUUCUAGGCGCUCGGUAAUCUGCGUCCGUUGCCUUGGAGAUUGCGACCUGAGAGAAAGCGUCAGGUCUGUCUGGGAAGUUUGAGUGGCCUUGGUUACUGCGCGACCCACGCUGAGACAAGGAAGUUGGAGAGGCCAAAUAAAUAGGCAUCCCCAAAGAUCCGGGCCCCAAGCACUGAGGACUCUCCUUCCGUUUUCCCUAAUGGCGCGCGUCUUUCCCAAACCCGACCACGAUGGGAUUUGCUCCACAGUCCACCAGUUCCAGAUUCUGGAUUAUGUUCCAUGGCAGCGGUCCAAGCCGAAAGCCAAGACAUCUAGUCUGCCUCCAAUCUCACAAACCACCGACACUAAGAAAAGCAAAAUGAAGAUUUUGACUACUGUCCAGCCAGGGGUGCAGGCCAGGCCCACCUUGUGGAUGACAAGCCAGCCGAGGAAUCCACUGGAACUGCGCAGAGGGAAGCUGGACUCUGGGAAGACACACAACAAAAUCCGGCUCUUGAGAACGAUGCUCAGACACCGGCAAGCCUCACACCAGGAACUCUGCAACCACGAGGACUUCCUCACCCAGCUCAACCGGGAGCUGAUCAAGGCCAUUCAGGACACGGAGGACAGCUCGGCCCUGAAAGUGCGGGUGAUGCUGCAGCAGCACGACGUCUUCAUGACCAUCAUCAGCAUCUUGGAGUACUCAAACAAGAAGAGGCUGCAGCAGAUGGAACGCGAGCUUCAGGAGUGGGAGGAGAAGAAGGAAUCCAAGAUGCACAGCCUGGAACAGCAGGUGGAGCAACUGAACGCCAAGAUUGAGAAGGUCCACGAGAAAGUGAGCUUCGUGAGCACUUACAAGGACCACGAGUAUCCCAUCAAGUCGGUCCAGGUUGCCAGCCUUGUGCGCCAGCUGCAGCAGACGAAGGACAGCCAGCAGGAUGAGCUGGAUGACCUUGGUGAGAUGUGCAGAAUGGUCCUGGCGUCUAUUUCCAGCCAGAUUCAGAAGAAGAAAAAAGCCCUUCUGGGGUCUUUGGUGGUGAAAAUCCAGCACGCUCAUCAGGAGGCACUCCUGCAGAAGACGUUGGAUAGCCAGGCCAUGCUGACAUACAUGGACAAGGUCCAGAAAUUUAUGGACCAGUUCGAGGAGGAAAUACCCCUCCUAAGGGCCCAGAUGGAACAGCUCCAAUUUCAGAUCUGGGAACCCCGAGAGAUCGUAUUUGCGGACGUCCUGCUUCGGAGAUCCAAGUGCACCCCAGACAUGGACGUCAUCCUCAACAUCCCUGUGGAGGAGCUGCUGCCCUUCUAGAUGAGCCGCCUCUCCCUCCCCGGUCUCCUCCCCACCCUGGAGCCUCGAGCUCUCUCCUUCCAAGACCCUGGUCUGUAAUCCCUCCCUUCCUCUCCUCCUUCUUUCCCUCCUUCCUUCUUUUUUUCCUCCCUCCCCCCACCCUCCCUGGUUGGUGCUACUGCUUGGGCCAGGUAGGGAUUCCUCGUCAAUUCUUUUUUUUUUUUUCCAAUAAAGCUGGGUUUGCCUUUGCUCUUG